GAUCCGAUAGUUAGGAGGCCACGAUAGUUAGGAGAUGACACCGGACCUGGAAGGAUCGGGUCAAGCUGCGGGAGGAGGCAGUUCCUGCGGAGAACCGAACCGGCCCACGUGGGUCUGGCCGCCCCGCCCAGUCACGCAGACGCCGCUGGACUGUGCAGUCCCGGCCGUGCUGGGCGAGCGGUGCGGGAACUACGCAGCCACGCCAGGGCGCGUGCACGCGCAGGGAGGACCCCCUCACCCCCCUCCACCCCGCAGCUACCAGGCCCGGGAGGAACCGUAGCCAGCUUUGCAGGAGCCGGCGCCUCUAGGCCACCAGAUGUUCGCAGCCAUCCAACCAGGGCUAGCAGAGGGGGCCCAGUUCCUGGGGGGCCUGCCUCCUGGAGUCUGUCAACCCGAGCUCCAAGCAGACAAUAAUUCCAACUUUGUGGAGAGUGCGAAGGAUGCCAAUAAGAAUUGGCAUGGUGUGCCAGGCAAAAGGGAACCCACCCUGGUGAGGAGUUCCUCUGAGUCACCCUCUGACAACCAGGUCUUCCAAGCCGCUGGGCUCCUGGAGGCGGGAGUCCGCAGCCCCCCGGAGGGUGCAGAGAUCCCUGGGGCUGAGCCUGAGAAGCUGAGUGCCGCCAGCAGUGUCUGCUCUCCUCUGGAGGACAUCGGCUAUGCCAGCAGCUCCUUGAGCACCGACAGCCUCAGCAGCAGCCCAGAGCCUGUCUGUGGGACCCCUCGAGGCCCAAGCCCUCUGGACCCCCUUCUGCCCUCCGUGGCCCAGGCUGUGCAGCAGCUGCAGGCGCAGGAGCGCUACAAAGAGCAGGAGAAGGAGAAACACCAUGCGCACUUGGUGAUGUACCGGCGCUUGGCACUGCUCCAGUGGAUCCGGGCUCUCCAGCACCAGCUGGUUGACCAGCAGGCCCGACUGCAAGAGAGCUUUGACACCAUCCUAGACAACCGAAAGGAACUUAUCCGCUGUCUCCAACAGAGGGACGCACCUUGCCGGCACCAGGACCAUUGCUAAGGCCGCGCACAAGUGUGUGUAUUUGCAGGUCUGUGUGUGGUUAUGCACAAGUAAGUACAUGAGUAUUAGUUGGCCUGAGCGCAAGUAAACAUAAGUGAGUCCGUAUGUACUCACAUGUAGGCAGGUAUGUCCAGGCAUGUGUGGAUGAAGUUGUAUGUAUUAUGUGUAGCAUGUGUGUUUAUGUAUGCAUGUGUGGCUAGGUGCCUAGGAAUGUGUAUAUAUUCCCGAAUAAGGUGUACACGCAAAAGAUUUGUAUGCAUAUGUAUCAGUUAAAUGUACAGGCUUAUGUUGGGUGUGGAUGAACCUUUGUGUGCGGAGACUUACAUGUGCCAGUGCUGGCGUAAGAAGCGUGUGUUAGGAACAUGUGUAUUUGCAGAGAGACUUAGGAGCAGGUGUGUGCAAAUAUAUGUUCAGUUGCACCUGCAAGGCACCCACCCAUCCCCUGUGUUCCCAGAGUCUACCCCAGCCUUGUUCUCUACCGAGUCUCAGCUUCCUGGAGAAAGAAGCCUGUCUUGCUGGCAUAUAUUGGAGGGUGGUGGUUAUCCAUUCUCCUGGAGUUUCCCAGGCUACCUCCUGCCCCUUCCCAUCAUUUAACCAGACCUUGCUCUAUCAGCUAAGACCGCUGUCCCUAAUGCUGGCUUUUUGGUAAGAGCUUUUUUUUUUUUUUAAUUUAAUUUGGGGUGGUUGCUUUUCAUUUGUUUUGCUUAUUACAGUACAAGAGAUUGAGUCCAAAGCCUUGUGCAUGCUAGGCAAAUGUCUCACCACUGAGCUGCACCUCCAGCCCGAUAAGAGGCUUAUUGGCUGCUCUAGCCUUCCAUGGCACAUUUGCUGCUGUUUGGUCAGGGCAGUUGGUGGAGAAUGGGUCUCAGGGAGGGAACUGGCGUCAUGGUGGAGGCAGU